CCCUCGUUCUAUUCCUCAUACCCACAAGGCAAACCAUAAAAAACCUCCUCUCGUUCCUCUCUUUGCUUCCACCGGCGCCGUCCUCAUUUCUCUCCUUUGAACCCAUAAUUCUUGCACACAUAGUACAAUCUUUGGCCCAAGUGUUUUUCUUUUCAGUCCUCUGUUCUGUAAUGGCAACGGCACCGGUCAAGUCACAGCCACUGCAUUAUUUCUCUUUACCCCAGUUGAAGUGGGGCCAAAAAAGCCACACUAACACCAACCACCGCUUCCGCCGCCGCGAGUCUCCUUCGUCUACAGCCGAUAACCACCUCAAUACACCCCAAACCACUGACUUGAACGGUGGUUCUGACUCCGACAAGCUCCCAGUAGAAGAACAAAGACAAGAAGAACAUGUAGUAGAAGAAGAAGAAGGGCAAAAAGAGGAAAAAGUGUUGUGGAAUUUAAGGCCAAGAAAGAGUGUAAUGAAGGUGGGGUUAGAGGCUGAAACGGCGCCGUUAAAGAAGAACGUUGAAAUGGAAGUUGAAAGCAGUAAUCAUAUAAGGUCGCAGAGGGUGAGAGAUAAUAACGUGGAUAAUGGGCAUGGAUUCGGGUCGGGUAAGAAAGAGAAAAAGAAAAAGUUAUGGAUCUCGUUGUCAAGGGAAGAGAUAGAGGAAGAUGUGUAUUCUAUGACUGGGUCAAGACCCGCUAGGAGGCCCAAGAAACGAUCCAAGACAAUUCAAAAACAACUCGAUAAUGUUUUCCCUGGGAUGUAUUUAGUAGGUCUCACGGCUGAUUCGUUCAGAGUUAAUGAUACUACGAAGUAGAUAUGGCAUAGCUGGUGUAUACAAACUUUUCCUUCUCUUGCAAAAGAUUUUGCAAGGAUUGAGGAACCAAGGUGGAAGCUUAGAGCUUGAGCAUUGCUGCAUUCAUGCCUCAAUUUUGGAGGUAUAAUGUAUUGAAUUACGUAGAAGCAAUAGGAUAGCAUCUUGGGAUUGUAUCUAGUGUUCGUCUAGUUUAUUUCAAUUAAGACUAUAUGGGUAUAUUUUGAAUGAUUUUGGUUGCAAUGGUGUAGCCUAAUGUAUGUAAAAAAUAGAAUUUGAGAUAUGGAUGGAUAUAAUUUGUUACUUUCUGUUGUUAUUUGAUUUUCCCUCAUAAUGUGGCUUGACAGGCUUCCAGACUCUGUUUGGGGGCAGGGGUCAUUAUUUGUUCACAAA